UUUCUCCAAAAGCUCCUUCUCUUUGUCCAUCAGGGCCCAGGUAACGUCACCUAAAGACGACGCCUGUAUCUCGUCCGUCGUUCAACGCGGACGACAACGUGUACAUCACGUGACCUCUAAGGAGGCUGGAAAUAGAGCUCGCCUCUGCUGUGGUCAUUGAGCCCGGACCCUCGCCCAAUUUGGCAGAACCGAGCAGGCUAAGAGUAGGACGGCGACCACAAAGCGACGACGGUCUAUCCGCGACAACAGGCAGAGAUCAAGGGAGAUAAGAGAGAGAAGGAGAGAAGGGACAAAGAGAAAGAGAGAGAGAGAUACGACAAACGCAUAUCGAUGGCGGAGCGAGACGUGGACCGUACGCCUUCCAAGGCGAGGGCAGCAAAUGCGAGUGCUGGAGAAACAGAGGCAGAGACUGCUCCAUCUGGGCCUGGUGGCCUGACCGAGGCCAAUGUCGAUGCGCAUGGUCAGGAAGUUGCGUUCCAUUCUGCAUACACUGCACCUCUUUACCCCCGUCCACAGGCAGAGAGGGACGACAUGGCGGGUCUCGGCCAGCUGGGGACCUCGCACGACAAUCGCAAGCGCGGCGAUCUCACCGCACACAAUCUCGAGCUGAUCCCCGACGCCGAUCAGGUCGCCCCGGGCAUUCGACUCGGCCGUGAAGGCAAUGAGGGAUACGGUCGAGGGGGACAAAGGAGUAGCCAAAACCAUGAAGCAUUCAAUGACAUUGAUGGACAUGGAGCCGCAUCUCUCGCUCACGACCAUCUCCAUCACAUGCACGACCACGAGGAUGAGGAUGACGAGCAUGGAGAUGCAAUGGGCAGUGACGACGUCAAUGAUGAUGACGACGACGACGACGACGAUGAUGAGGAAGAGCGUGGAAACCAGGGGCAUCCCUCGCGCAGGGGCAUGGCGAGUGGAGGCGUAGGAAGCACAAAGACGCCGAGUUCGGUGGGAGCCCAAGGCAGCAGCUCUGCUGGCCAUGGCGCUGGCCUGGAUGUCGAUGACGACGACGAUGACGACGUGGAUCAUGUUGUCAGUGUCGUCCACGAACGCGUGGGAGGGAGCGGCGCGACGUCGGAAAAUGCAAGCAAGGGAGCCAGUGUGGGCCACUUUGGGCCCCGAGGCGAGGCCAUUCCUGGCGUACCUCCCCACCUUGACCCAAGACAGCCGAAUUUCCGACCGCCCAGCCCCGGCGCCGCUUCCGUCCUCUCCGUUGCUGUCCAUCCUCCAGCAUCACCAAAGGCAUUGGGUCCCAGUGGUCUUGGUGCCAGCGCAUCGGCCGUCCCACCGGGUGGAGACACGAUCGUGGAUUCGGGCGAGGAGACAGAGUCGCUGGGAAACGGCGCCCUGACUCCCACCCUAUCCGAUGAUGGCGCCGACAUGGGCUCCGACAACUUUCACGAUGCCGACGAUGCAGACCCCCGUGAUCGUCGUGGCAGCCCUACACCCGGACCCGAGCUGCAGAGCAGCCCCAGCGCACAGGCUCUUGGCCCAUUCACGUCGCUCCAUCUCGAGUCGCCGCGCGAUGGCGGCCGCAUCAACAAUGUCGCCUCGUCGAUCCGAGGCCGCGACCGGGAUCUGUUUGGACCGGGUGGCUCUUCGUCGAGCCUCUCGUAUCCAAGCAGCUCCUCUUUUCUCCACCGCACAAGCAUCUCGGGCAGCAUUGGCGACACGCCGAGCGUGGCAGCCACUGCUGGCUCGUCUCGUGCGCCCAGCACGAGGGGUUUGUCGCCUUCUGCGCCCAUGUCGCGCGGCCUCAACGGCGACGCCGAGUUCAACGAGAACGACGGCAGCUCCCUGAGCCAGGACGAUCUCGAUCGCUCCAACAGCAUGGGCGCAGAGACGCCGAGCCUGAGCAGGAAGAGCUCGUUUGGAAGCGCGCCCAGCAGCUCCAGCGCGAUAGCCAACCGUGAUGACGGGUUACUCCCUCUGGCUGCCGACGCCAAUUCCUCGGCCGUCGAUGCUGCCCUCGUCAGGACCCGCGGUGGGACCCUAACCGCUGGUCCUGGCUCGGGCCUUGGCCUCGCUGGUGUCGGCAGUGGCGGCGGCGGUGGCGGCACGGGGCUGCAUCCGUCUGGUGAAGAAGACUCGCCCCAGGAUGGAGAGGGUGGCGCUCCCUCGCUCGCGCCGUCCGAGGCAGGGAGCGACUCGACGCGCUCCAUGACCGUCGACUCAUCAGUUGGCCACGGUCAGCCGCACGGCUACAUUGAUCGCGUUGGAGGAGGAGGACCACACCCUUCGUCGCUUGCGCAGCAGCGCCUCGCCUCCUCUUCCUACUCUCUCCUCUCGCCCUCCAUGCCGCCGCCAUCGUCGUCGACUGCGACGCUUCCCAGCUUGCUGGCCCUCAAGGAGGCUGCGAGGAAACAGCAGGGAAGCAGCCGCGCAGCAAGCACGGCAGCCACAAACGGCACCACCAGCCCGGCCAGCAGCCUGAGCAUCGACGGCAGCCUCGCGGGCGAUGAAGAGUACUUUGACAGCAGCGCCCGCGACGAGGUCUCGACCGAGGCCUGAUUAGCAUUCAGCGUGCUCUCUCGUUACCGUCCGCAAAAUCUCUCUUUCUCUCAUUCUGGAUGUCUUUUCCCCCACUUUUCUCCUUAGCUCUUGGCUUUGUAGCGUUAACAUGUCUCCUUCUCCCAGCCUCUUUUCCACCUGUGAUGUCUAGCGACUCUGUCCCGUGGCAAACAACAGCUUCUGAACCUGGCAGUGGGGGUCA